CAUUGUCCCGAUGGGAACGACGGCCAAGGAGGAGAUGGCCCACUUCUGGGAGAAGAACACCAAGUCCAAUCGUCCCUUGUCCCCUCACAUCACCGUUUAUGAGUGGUCCCUGCCCAUGGCGAUGUCCAUCACGCACCGGGGCACCGGUGUUGCGCUGAGCUUAGGAGUCUCCCUCUUCGGUCUGGCUGCGCUUCUGCUCCCAGAGCAGUUUCCCCACUACCUGGCCAUGGUGAAGUCACUCAGCCUGGGGCCCGCUCUCAUCUACUCCGCUAAGUUCGCUCUGGCUUUCCCCCUCUCCUACCACACCUGGAAUGGAGUCCGACACCUUGCCUGGGACAUGGGGAAGGGGUUCAAGAUCCCCCAGGUCAACCAGUCUGGGGUGCUGGUCCUGAUCUUGACCCUGCUCUCCUCCGCGGGCCUCGCAGCGAUGUGA